UGCAAAGAUCAGUGUGAUUCGAAGUGGCGUGGAAGUGAGAUUGCUCCGUUGGUCAGUCGGGAUUUCUUCCAAGAAUUCGCACUUUCAAUGGCUCUUUCAAGAACGGGGCGGUAUAAGUGGAGCGCUUAGCGUGCAGUGCAGUUUGGAGUGUGCUUACCGCGAAUGAUGUGACGGCCGCCCGUGCCUGACAGCCGCGAAUCCCUUUCCCUCCUGGACAACUGCAUAAACAGAUGAAAUUGCUUUGGAAACGCCGCUCUGUACCCGAUUCUAGUGUCCUUGGUGUAGUGCUCGUGUCCUAUUGGUAUUUAUGAGAAAACAUGAGGAAGUCGCUCAGUCGAAAUCACUAUUUCGUCCUGGGCUUCUUGGUGGGCCUGAUCUUGAGUUUUUACAUUCCGGAAAAUGCGUGGGAAUUGGUGCGCGAUGAGUGCCCCGAGGCCACCGAAAGUCUUGCAGACAAAUUUGGCGAAGAUUUCGAGCCCCACUUGAAUCUGAUCAACAAGCCGCUGGCGGCUAAGAAGCCGGUGAAAAAUGUGAUACGGCCGCGCUACUAUUCCUCGGAGCUGGGUAUCCGGGAAAAGAUUUUCAUCGGAGUGAUGACCACCCAGGACAAUAUCAAUACACUAGCGACUGCCUUCAAUCGUACUUCUGCACAUUUAGUAAAUAAAAUAAAAUUUUUCAUAAAUGCUGACAACGUCAAGUCGAAUUUCAAGUUAAAAAACAUUGUCGGAUUUACAGACACUCGCGAAAAUCUUCGACCAUUUCAUAUACUCAAAUACAUUGCAGAUAAUUAUCUGGACGAAUAUGAUUAUUUUUAUAUUGUGCCUGAUACAGUGUAUGUAGAUGCGCGUAGAUUGAAAACGCUCCUAUAUCAUAUAAGUAGUACGUUUGAUGUGUAUAUGGGGCGUAGGUGUGAUAAUGUCGAUUUGGAUGGUUUCGGAAUAGAGAAUGAUCGAAAUUAUUGUGAUUUAGAUGCUGGAAUCCUGCUGAGUAGUAGUGUAAUUCGCAAGAUCCGGUCAAAUUUAGAUUGGUGCGUGCGAAAUGCCGUCACGAAUUUUCACAGUGUGAACAUUGGAAAAUGCGUCAAAUAUUCCAGCAAGAUUGUCGAAUGCCAAGAUCAGUUUCAGGCUGUAAAAAUUCCAUCAUAUAAGCUGGAAAAUACAAAAUUAUUUAAAGAUCUAAACGUGCUAACGAGGGAAGCAAAUUUUCGUGAUGCUGUUAUAUUAUAUCCAGUUACUAAUGUCGACGACUUUUAUACACUGCAUGCACAUUUUUCAAGAAUCAAUCUUGAUUCAUUGAAAAACCAAAGCCUAUUGCUGGAGCGAAGUACAUAUGGCAUUUCCAAUGGAACAGUAUCGAAUAACAUUUUGGAGAUUCGUUGGCCUUUGGGGGUGCCAACCGCCAGCAAACCAGAAACUCGGCAUGAUCUUCUUCCAUGGAAUUACAUAAACUUAACACAUAUUUUCAUGCCAAACUAUAAAUCUGUUGUCACACCAUUAUCUCGAAUAGAUUAUGAAGAUUUUCGGAAGAUAUUGAAUAAAAGUUUAACAUAUGCCAAAUAUAAGUACCCCGACUUGAAAUUCGAUACACUGCACACUGCUUACAAAAGAUUCGACCCGACCCGGGGCAUGGACUAUCAGCUACAUUUGCAGUUCAUAGAUACAAAGAAGAAUCAAGCAGAAAUUAAAAGUUUUGAAGUUGUUAAACCUCUCGGCCGAGUAGAAAUCGUCCCAUCGCCUUAUGUUACUGAAAGUACGCGGGUAGCUAUUCUGUUGCCCAUAUUUGAGCAUCAAGUUUCAGAGUCUUUGGAAUUUGUGAAACGAUAUGAAAGGAUUUGUAUGGAGAACCAGGACAAUACCUUUCUAAUGAUGAUAUUCCUUUACGGAUUGGACUCUCCAAGCAAAGGAAAUGAGGAUAAAUUCAAUGAUUUGAAAAAUUUAGCAUUGGAGCUCUCCAAAAAGUUUAAAGCUGAUGGCUCUCGAAUUGCCUGGGUGUCCAUCCGAUUACCGGCUAUAUAUAGCCAACGUCCUGAAGCAGAUGAUAUUAUGAUAAACUCUAUGUAUGGAAAAAAUCAAAUACUCAGUUUAGCCGUCAUCGACCUUGCAUUGCGUAAAAUCGGAUUGGAUAGUCUCGUUAUGUUAGGAUCGAACUCGAUGUCAAUUAAAGCUGAUUUUCUCAAUAGGGUUCGAAUGAAUACAAUUCAAGGAUUUCAAAUUUACUCACCAAUCGGUUUUAUGAUGUAUCCCUGUAACUUUGCGCAUUUCUGCAAAGAGUGCGAUAACUGUGAUGUAAGCCAAGCUGCUGGCUAUUUCGAUAGCACAAACUAUGACGUAGUUUCUUUCUACAGUCGUGAUUAUGUUGAAGCUCGAAAGAAACUCGAAAGUAUAAUUCCAAUUGUACGUAACGACAACGACAUCGACAGUUUACAACACAGAUCCGACAAAAACAUCAACAACGUACUAGACAUGUUCGUAGCGGCACAGCUUCCUGUUCACAUUUUACGUGCCGUGGAGCCGAAUCUUCGAUUCGGAGAAGCAAUCCGGAGAUAUUUCGAGAAUAAAGAUGCCAUGAUACCCAAGUGUCCCUUACAUGAAUUCAAUGGUGAUGAUAGUUUAAGAAGAACGAAUGAGAACUGCAUUCAUUUAGCCUCUAGAAAACAAAUUGGUGACGCUAUCAUUAGGUUUAGAGACAAAAUAAGUGAUACAGUCAAUUGAUAUAAAUAAUGCUCAACUACUGUUAAGGCAACUAUUUUUUUUAAUUAUGAAUAUUAAAAUGUUAAUACAACCAUUUCAUUUGUAUAGAAAUUGAAUGGUUACUUUUGACUGCUGCAAGCAAGCGAGUUAUAUUUGUUUUAACUCUCCAUCAUCAUCGAUUGUUAGUGUUUUUUAUUUGCCUAUUUAUUUAUUUUUCUAAAGUUCCUUUCUAUGUCAUUUUUGUAAAAUUGUUUAGCUGAUAGUUAACGUAUUGCUAUCGUGAAUCGAAGAACUGAAAUUGUUACACUGUUUAUUGCCAAAUACUAUUGUCAUUAAUUAAGGGCGGCUAUUAUUCGUUGGUCAUUCCUAAUGAUUCAGGUUAGUUGACAUUUUAUCAGGUAGUGCUUCAUUUGUAUGUUUAAGAGAAAAGGAAAUGUUGUGAAUGGAAUUAAUACUAAAACGAGAAAAUAUAUUUGUAUAUAAUUUUAUAUUCCGA